AUGACUCCGCUGGUUGCUCAGCCCAGGUCCUGCGAGCUUACGCCCACCUACAUCUUGGAUUUGGCUGCCAGCGACGCAGAGAGCUCUGGCAGCCAAACUCCCGGGGAAACGACGCCCCGCGGCCACCUAGGAAACGCGGCCAGCGAUAUGAAGUAUCCCGCGCGCAGGACAAGGUACGCACGGCUGCACGGGGCCAGGCUCGGGCUGCCCGAGGCAGCAACGCGGGCGCAGGGAGACCCUCGCCCCGGGCCGAGCGUCCCGCUUGCCGCGGCUAACGGCGCAGGGCGCCCCCACAGCCCUCCCCGGCGCCAUAACGUGCGGCCCGACGUGCUGCUCUGCUGCGGCGACUUCCAGGCCGUGCGCAACGAGGCGGACCUGCGCUGCAUGGCCGUGCCCGCCAAGUACCGCCACAUGCAGACCUUCUACCGGUACUACUCGGGCGAGAAGAAGGCUCCCGUGCUCACCAUCUUCAUCGGCGGCAACCACGAGGCGUCCAACCACCUGCAGGAGCUGCCCUAUGGCGGCUGGGUGGCCCCCAACAUCUACUACCUUGGUUACGCUGGCGUUGUGCGGUUCCGCGGCGUGAGGAUCGGCGGCAUCUCGGGCAUCUUCAAGUCUCACGACUACCGGAAAGGCCACUUUGAGUGUCCACCAUACAACCAGCAAACAAUAAGAAGCGCUUACCACGUGAGGAAUAUCGAGGUCUUCAAACUCAAGCAGCUGAAGGGUCCCAUGGAUAUAUUUAUGUCACAUGAUUGGCCAAGGAGCAUAUAUCACUAUGGGAACAAGCAACAGCUUCUUCAGAUGAAAUCCUUCUUCCGUCAAGAAGUGGAAAGCAACACGCUAGGAAGCCCUGCUGCUUCAGAGCUCCUGCAGCAUCUGAAACCCGCCUACUGGUUUUCAGCACAUCUUCAUGUUAAAUUUGCAGCUUUCAUGCAACACCAGACGACCUCCAAAGAAGAGCUACCAAAAGCAACGAAGUUUCUUGCUCUGGAUAAAUGUCUGCCUCACAGAGACUUUCUGCAGAUAGUAGACAUAGAACACGAUCCUAAUGCAAGUGACUCACUGGAGUAUGAUGCAGAGUGGAUUGCAGUCCUCAAGGCUACCAACAGUCUCAUUAACGUGACUCCGAGGUCCUGGAAUAUGCCUGAAAAUAAUGGCCUCCAUGCAAAGUGGGAUUACAGUGUGACAGAAGAAGCCAUCAAAGAAGUGUUAGAAGAGCUGAAUCAUAACCUCAAAAUCCCCAGUAACUUCAUACUGACAGCCGCCUGUUUUGAUCCCAGCAAACCCCAGAAACAGAGGGAACCAGUUCAUACCAUCAAUCCCCAGACCACUGAAUUCUGUGCGCAGUUUGGCCUCACUGACAUCAAUGACAGAAUCCAGCAAGCUAAAGAAGAGGGCUCGGUACGUGGAGAAUACGAAGAGGAGGAGGAGGAAGAGGAGAUGGACAGUGCUGGCUCUGCAGAGGAACCCAGUGAAUAUAAUACAGAUAAUUCUGGGCUUUCAUCUAUUAACCCAGAUGAAAUCAUGCUGGAUGAAGAAGGUGGUGAUGAGGACUUGAGUACGUGCUCUGUGGACCCUUCCCCUGAUCACCCUCCUGACUUCUCCACAAGUUUUUCUGACAUCAGGAUCAUGCCAGAUUCCAUGGUGGUGUCAUCUGAUGAUGCUAUGGACUCCAACAAUGAGGACCUGGAGAAAUCAGGGGCAAGUAAGCAGGUGGAAGAGAAGAGCUUGAAUGAGAGAUCUUUAAAGCGUGUUGGUUGUAACGAAAAUGGGAACAAUGGCAUGAAAAAAAUUAAGAGAAGGAAUCAAGCUAUCUAUGCUGCAGAGGAUGAAGAUAAAACGGAAUAAUUCACAUGAGAUAUAACUUAAGUUCUCUCCCUACCCAUUUUACAGCAAGAUGGUGAGAGCUGUAGUGAACUACUUACAAUUUUAACAGUAUUUGAUCUUACUUCUGUUACUAUAAGCUGCAAUGGGGCUGUAUGUGCCUCUUGCAGGGAAGAAUGUUUAGCUGGAUUUAAACAUCUAAGCCAGAAGCAAACUCUUCCAACGAAGUACUUGUCAAAGGAUUUACAGCUUGUGUAUAAUGAGUUGAUUUUGCUUCUGUUCUUGGUUAUUGAUGUACACUACUACUUAUGCUGUGCAA